AUGGGCUCUUGUGAAUCCGUGCCCUCGACGGACCCCAUGGCUGACGCAGUCAGAGACUCCGGAGCCCCUGUGUCAUUGGCACCACCGACCCGAGCCUCGAAAGAGCCCAGCGCCGAAGAAUCCGCGCUCCGAGAUGAGUUCAAGAGUUUAUUUAUGAGCACCAAUUUGGAUCAUGUGAAGGAGGCAUGGAUCAUCCGCAACCCCUGGGGGAAAGCUAUUGGAACGAACAUCAGGUUCGAGGCUUACCUGAUCCAUGAUGCGCUUAUUCCUCCUCUGGAGGUCGACGCACCCAGCGAGAGCGGAGACAGAGAUCUGGAAGUAACGACGAUGAAUGGGGAGCCCGUGACGAUCCAAAUCGCUUCGCCCUAUUUGGUAAGCUCUGUGAAGACCUCAUUGCAGACGCGGCUUGCUGUGCCUUCGCUCAUGCAGAAGAUUCUUGUGGGAGAGAAAGAGCUCCAAGAUUCGGAAUGCGUUCCUGGCGAUGUGAACUCAGUUACCCUCCUACGAAGCGAGGUUCCAAGAGUUACGACCCUACAAUUCUUGGAAAGCAUGGCUUUUUGUGUUGACGAUUGGAAGGACACCUUGUUUUCCCACUGGUACCAUUUUGACAGCUGCUACGAGCCAUUCCCCGACUCAAAAGCGGGCAUUCUGGAGUGGUUGAGUACACACAAAGACAUGAAGCACACAGCUUUCACCGCGGAAAAUUUCCUGCAGUCCUUCAACGGAUGGUUGGUGACUUGUCAAUUCCUUCGGGAAAUCCGAGCAGGUGGUGAGCGUCCAAACGAGGAGCAGAUGGAGAAGUGGCGCGAGGAGAUGGUUCACCCGGAAGCGUCUCAAAGAGAUGUAGAAAAGUUGCAAGGCUUUCUGGAAGAGCAUUGUCACUCUCCGUCACUAUUCCAAGUGUAUCCUAGCCCCAAGACGCCUGGCUACACCUUCGGUCACGAGGAUGACAUGGAUGCAGUGAUCUUCAUGGUAGGGCGACCCAAAGUCGCCCCUCAGACCCUGAUGGUGGGAGCUGUUGAGCUUGAAACUCCGAUAGCAGGUGAGUGA